AUGAGACAGUCGGAGGUGUGAUGGCACUGCAGUUGGCCUCUGGUCAUUAUCAUUUAGAGGGUGGCACAGCACAACUGUCUUUACAUAAAAUUCUGACGUCACUUAAAUUUAAAAUUUUUUUUAGCUACAACCAGUUUAGAUGUCAUAACUUUGGCUAAAUUAAUUGAUUAGUACACGUACCACGUGACUGCGCAGAGGUCAGGUGUACAAGGUUAAGGCUGCGCUUUCUAUGGGUGUGCGAGGCCACAAAGUAGCGCACGUGUGUUUGUACUUCCGGCUACAUUGCUGUGCUUGUAGCAAUGCAGAGUGCAAAACGAGGACGACAGUUAGACGAAGAAAACGGAGGCGCUCUUGAUGAGGAACUGUUUGCCAAGGAUCAUCCUCGUCGUCUCAUACCCGAACUCUACUUUUCUAUCAACUUGGUUGGGUAACUGGCACAGGAGGUGGGAUCAGUAUCAAGCAGGGGUGAUUGCCAUAUUUAUAUCAAACAGUCAGUUUAAGUGCAAUGCCUGUAUGUUACCACCCAGGGAUGAAAUCUACAUUGCACCUUCUGCAGUACAGAAGGAGAGAAUAAUGCCUGAAGACAUGUUUACAUAUACGAUAACUGGUGAACAGAUUUCGUGCCCUCCUCCUUCCAAGCGUCUUCGUGUGAGCCAAUGUACUCCUCUCUUUAUGAAUGCAUAUCAUAUGAGAGACGCCGGUGCUGUGAUUCACACCCACUCCAAAUCUGCUGUCCUGGCAACUUUGAUUUCUUCUGGCAAAGAAUUCUGUAUUACACAUCAAGAGAUGAUCAAGGGUGUUAUGAAGGGACAGAGUGGUGGCAACUACAGGUAUGAUGAGAAACUAGUCGUUCCUAUCAUUGAAAACACUCCACAUGAAAGAGAUCUCAAAGAUCAAAUGGCAGCGGCAAUGGAAGAGUAUCCUGACACUUGUGCUGUACUUGUUCGUCGACACGGAGUUUACGUGUGGGGAGACACGUGGCAGAAAGCAAAGACAAUGUGUGAGUGCUACGACUACUUGUUCGACAUAGCAGUGCAGAUGAAACAACUGGGCUUGGAUCCAAGCGCUAAACCGUCUACUGAAUUUUAGAAUUAAGUAAAUCAGAUUUAUUGCUAAUGUGAAAUUGCUCAGUAGUACAUGCAUAGUGCACAUUGUGUGUAUUAUAUGGCAGAUGUCAGUUAUCUCAGAGUCAAGGGCGAGUCAUACUAAAGACUCUAAAAAUACAUUUCCAUAAAAUCAACUUGUGUGUGUAUCACUGUGCGUGUCAUUGUGUGUGUGUGUGUGUGUGUGUGUGUGUGUG